UCAUUUAUCCACCAUCUUUGGUAGCUGCUCCACGUCUCACUGCUGGCCUUGCGACACUGCCGCCGGUGACUCCGAACUGGAAGAUGGCUGCGGUGGAACGUCCCCCAGUCAAGGAAGGGGUCCGGAUAGCUUUACUCUGUUUCUGUUGGUACACUGUUAGUUCGGGAGGCAACGUCGUUAACAAAAUUAUUCUAAAUGGAUUCCCUUAUCCUGUCACCGUUUCGCUCUUUCAUAUACUCUCAAUCGUCGUCUUCCUUCCUACGUUGUUGAAGGCAUGGGGAGUCCCCAAAACAGAAGUACCAACUAGAUACUACAAAUGGUAUAUUCUCCCUUUAGCUUUUGGGAAAUACUUCGCUUCUGUGUCGGCCCACUUCAGUAUAUGGAAGGUACCUGUUUCCUACGCACACACUGGUAAGAAUUGCACGAGCUCUGAAUCAGGCUACAGUAGCUGGCUCAGAAUCAUUGGUUGACGUUUUAACUAACGGAAUGUUAGCUAGUUAGCUCGCAACAGUAGCACAUUUUUAAAUGCAUUAGUUUGCUAGCAACGACAUUAAUUGGUAUCUUGUGCACGUAAUUUUGGCAAGCUUUGUUUAGGUCACUUUACGAUUAGCCGAGGAGCUUGCGUCUCCCCUUACCAACAUACUGGGGUUGUUUGAAUACCUUUUUGUUUGGGGGAGGGGCCAACCUUACCAAGUAGCCUACCUCAACUCCUUCACUGAGUUGAGUGUAGACUAGAGUUUUUGAAAGGAACCUCCUACUCCUUCGAGUCGCUAUGCGUCGAUACUUAAAAAAUGUACAUUCUUAAUCCCUUACCUUGUACCUAUGUUUGUCCUCUGUUGUUGCGUGCCUUUCUUUGUUCGCUUAAAUUCAUGCUUUUUAAUUAAACGUUAAUCAAAUACAACCACCGACUGUUUCCUCAUUGCUGUUACUUUAAGAUGGCAACUCGGCGCGAAUGCGCAUGUGCCAAUUGAAUCUCAACAAGGAAACAGUCGGAGCGUCACCUUUCCUGACUUGGUCGUCACUAGUUGCCACAAAGUCAUAAACCCAGCCUAUUUUUACAAUUUGUCUAUAUAAAAUCGGAUUUUAAACCUAACCUGAACUUUAUCCACACUGCUAACCUUAUGCCUAACCUUAAAUUAAGAACAAAAAGCAAAUGUUUGUGUUCAUGAAUUUCUAACCAAUUUUGACUUUGUGGCUGUGGUCACUAGUGGAAACCUGACAGCUCAGAAACUUGCCCCUGGCAACAUUUAAUGUCAAUCCCUUUGUAUUAUACUAUUCACUUCGUAAUUAGCUAGGUACAUAAUGUAUGAUGUAAGCCCUUAUAAAGUUUAACUGUAACUCAUUGCUGUCUUACCUCAAUAACUGGCACGUACAGCUAGGGUUGAUGGCGCAGGGUCAUAAGGUUAUGAUGCGAUAUGCAAGUUCCACGUUUUGUGUUGACCAGGGGUGUGUCUGUGACGCACAAGACACAAUGAGACUUAAACUCUAGGUGUGUUGCACAAUCGCAUGGGCCCUAAGUCUUUAAACCACUGUAUCUCAAAAGUCAUGCUCCUUACCUUUUGUAACCUAUGCUCGUCCAACUCAAGCCCUUGCCCUCAAUUCAAGCACUGAACAGGAUCCUUUUAUAUUUUUUCCAAUCUCACAUUCUUUGUUUCUUUUCACUCCACAGUCAAAGCCACAAUGCCAAUAUGGGUUGUGUUGUUAUCAAGGAUUAUCAUGAAGGAGAAGCAAACAACAAAAGUGAGUAACUCCGAGAAUUGAUAGUGUACAAGCUGCUUUCGAAUAUAUUUUGUCCAAGCAAUGGUGAUGUGGCACAAUGUGAGCCUGUCUGUUGGCUCAUAUUACUGCCAGCCUUGCAGGUGUAUUUACAGGUAGCAGCUUUGAGGCAGGAAAAAGUGCAUCCUGUUAACACUGUAGGGGCCAUAGUAGUGUUGCACAAUAAAAAAGCUGUUUACAGUGCAUUCGGAAAGUAUUCAGACCUCUUGACUUUUUGCACAUUUUGUUACGUUACAGCCUUAUUCUAAAAUUGAUUACAUUAUUUUUUCCCUCAUCAAUCUACACACAAUACCCCAUAAUGACAAAGCGAAAACAGGUUUCUAUAAAUUUUUGGAAAUGUCUUACAAAUAAAAAAACACCUUAUUUACAUAAGUAUUCAGAACCUUUGCUAUGAGACUAGAAAUUAAGCUCAGGUCCAUCCUGUUUCCAUUGAUCAUCCUUGAGAUGUUGCUAGAACUUCAUUGGAGUCCACCUGUGGUCAAGCCAUGAGGUCGAAGGAAUUAUCCAUAGAGCUCCCAGACAGGAUUUUGUCGAGGCACAGAUCUGGGGAAUGGUACCAAAAAUGUUCUGCAGCAUAGAAGGUCCCCAAGAACACAGUGGCCUCCAUCAUUCUUAAAGGGAAGAAGUUUGGAACCACAGACUCUUCCUAGCGCUGGCCACCCGGCCAAACUGAGCAAUCGGGGGAGAAGUGCCUUGGUCAGGGAGGUGACCAAGAACCCGAUGGUCACUCUGACAAAGCACCAGAAUUCCUCUUUGGAGAUGGGAGAACCUUCCAGAAGGACAACCAUCUCUGCAGCACUCCACCAAUCAGGCCUUUAUGGUAAUAAAUAAAGGUUAAAUAAAAUGGUAGAGUGGCCAGACAGAAGCCACUCCUCAGUAAAAGGCACAUGCCAGCCCCCUUGGAGUUUGCCAAAAGGCACCUAAAGGACUCUCAGACCAUGAGAAACAAGAUUCUCUGGUCUGAUGAAACCAAGCACCAUCCCUACGUUGAAGCAUGGUGGUGGCAGCAUCAUGCUUUGGGGAUGUUUUUCAGCGGCAGGGACUUGGAGACUAGUCAGGAUCGAGGGAAAGAUGAACGGAGCGAAGUACAGAGAGAUCCUUGAUGAAAACGUGCUCCAGAGCGCUCAGGACCUCACACUGGGGCGAAGGUUCACCUUACAACAGGACAACGACCCUAAGCACACAGCCAAGACAACGCAGGAGUGUCUUCGGGACAAGUCUCUGAAUGUCCUUGAGUGGCCCAGCCAGAGUCCGGACGAAAAUAGCUGUGCAGCGACGCUCCCCAUCCAACCUGACAGAGAUUGAGAGGAUCUGCAGAGAAGAAUGGGAGAAACUCCCCAAAUACAGGUGUGCCAAGCUUGUAGUGUCAUACCCAAGAAGACUCGAGGCUAUAAUCGCUGCCAAAGGUGCGUCAACAAAGUACUGAGUAAAGAGUCUGAAUACUUAUGUAAAUGUGAUAUUUCCAUUUUUUUUUUUUUUUUAUACAUUUGCUAAAAUGUCUAAACCUGUUUUUGAUUUGUCAUUAUGGGGUAUUGUGUGUAGAUUGAUGAGGAAAAAAAUAACAAGUUAAUCCAUUUUAGAAUAAGGCUGUAACGUAAUACAAUGUGGAAAAUGUCAAGGGGUCUGAAUACUUUCCGAAUGCACUGUGUGUGCCACAGCCAUUUAGAGGUUGUGUUCAAUGUGACAAUGUCCCACAAACAAAUUAGCAAAACAACUGCAUGUGUAUGGAUGGUAAUUGUUUCAACCAUACUUUUUGACUUUGGCCUACUUUCUCUUUUGCACUCUUGUCCCGUGCCUGUCUCAGGUGUACGUAGCUCUCAUCCCCAUCAUCGGAGGAGUGCUUCUGGCCACAAUGACAGAGAUGUCCUUUGAUGUGUCUGGGUUAGUCAGUGCCCUGGCCGCCACACUCUGCUUCUCUCUGCAAAAUAUAUUUUCCAAAAAGGUACGUCUUACCAGUCUGCACCCUUUUGAAAAGGACUAUUGUUUGUGUUAUUAGAUGAUGGAUAGUAUAGCUGGAGAGCACAUUGUGUACUUAUGUGUUUGAAUGAAGUAUGUGUUUGAGCAGAGGUUGUAGAAUAAGUUCAAGAUGCUUUCCUUUUAAUAGAAUACUGUAUUAUUUGAAGGAAUUAAUCUUGCACCCUGUAAAAGCACUCCUUGCAAUAUUCAAUUGCACACAUAGUAGACAUCACUCAUACUAAACAUGAAAACACUCAAAAAAACUCAAGGGCAAGGCCUAUUAGUAUGAAGCCUUGUUAAUCCUUGCAAUGCAUUUGCUCAGUACAUACUGUAGAUGUGCUGUGUCAUCUCUCCUGCAUUUCCCUGCUGUUUUGAGUGGCCUCCCUUAAACCAAUAUUUGAGGAGGACAUGCACUCAACGGCCAGUUUAUUAGGUACAUCACCCAUUCACGGAAAUUGAUCUCUUCUACAGACGGGAGUCAGGUGGCCGUGGCUUGCUAUAUAAAGCAAGCAUCGAGGCAUUCAGUUACUGUUCGAUUGAACAUCAGAAUGGGCAAAAUGAGAGACCUAAGGGACUUUGAGGGUGGUAUGAUCAUCGGUGCCAGACGCGCCGGAUCCAGUAUCUCUGAAACGGCCGCCCUCCUGGGCUUUUCAUGCACGACAGUGUCAUCUAGGAUUUACAGAGAAUGGUGCGACAAACAAAACAUCCAGUCAGCGGCAGUCCUGUGGGCGAAAACAGCUCGUUGAUGAGAGGUUGAAGGAGAAUCGUGCAAGCUAACAGGUGAGCCACAAACAGACUAAUAAUGGCGCAGUACAACAGCGGUGUGCAGAACGGCAUCUCGGAAUGCACAACUCGUCAAUCCUUGUCACGGAUGGGCUAUUGCAGCAGACGACCACACCGGGUUCCAGUCCUAUCAGCUAAAAUCAAGAAGGAAGCGGCUCCAGUGGGCACGCGAUCACCAACACUGGACAAUUGAGGAGUGGAAAAACAUAGCCUGGAACAUGACAGCGAGUUCAGUUUACUUGAUUGGCCUGCGCAGUCCACAGACCUCAACCCAAUAGGGCAUCUCUCGGAUGAAAUGGAACAGGCUGUUCGCAGCAUGAACUAGAUGGGUGUACCUAAUAAACUGGUCGGUGAGUGUAUUUACCCCAUUGCACAUUACUCUGUGACAUGUUAUGAAUGACUUUUGAUAUUACUAACCCUGCAGUCAAAUUACUGUGUAAUAAUUUGUAGUGUUAGACUUAAACAAGCAUGUCUUGUUAAUUACCAACUGUGAUUAGUUACCUGUCUCAUGCUUGUUGAUGAAGAUUUAUCCAACGUAUGCAUCAAAUUGUAUGCGUAGACUUGACAGAAAUAGUAGGUGAAUGUUGAACUUUUGUUGCACACACAUCCAUUAACAAUUUUGAAUUACAUAAUGGAAAAAGUUGGACUGCAUAAUUUAUUACGCAGAAUUGAUGUUGGUCUGAUCGAGGCGUAAGGUCAACACAACAGUUGUUUUCUGCCUAAGAAAUGACAAGGCCAUGAAUGAAUAUGCAUUUAUUUUUAGGUGCUGCGGGACACGAGGAUCCACCACCUGAGACUUCUCAACAUACUGGGCUUCAAUGCAGUUUUCUUCAUGGUGCCUACGUGGGUUCUGGUGGACCUCUCCUCAUUCUUGGUUGAGGGGGAUUUUGUGAGUUAAAAAAGGAUAGGAUACGUUCUUCAGUUUCGUAAAGUGUAUGCGCAGGUUCAUACAUUACACGUCAAAUAAUGUGCUCUAAUUGUUGUCUGGCUUAUAAGAUAGUGUUUAUUCUACUGCUGCUGGAGUGUGUGUCCGUCUUCUAUCCACAUGAUAUAUUCACUGUACACGUCUACAGGAUGUCACACAGUUUGUACCAUACAUUUGUUAUCUACUUCCUUUUCCUAAUCCUCAAUUUAACUUCACACACAACAGAAUCGCUAGUAUCCGGUUGCCUUUUAUUCAAUUGUCACAUUGAGACUACAACCUCGAUACAUUCUAUUUUCCUAGAAAGUCAUCACUAAACCCAUUGUUCUCUCCAGAAAUCCAAGUAAUAAUUUCCUCCCUCCUCUGCAUAACCCCUCCAGACAGGCAUGUCUGAAUGGACCGGCACCUUCCUUUUACUCCUCGUCAGUGGCUUUUGUAACUUUGCCCAGAACGUCAUCGCUUUCAGCGUCCUCAACCUGGUCAGCCCGCUGAGCUACGCUGUGGCAAACGCCACCAAGAGGAUCAUGGUCAUCAGCAUAUCGCUCCUGAUGCUGCGCAACCCAGUUAGCUCCACCAACAUCAUGGGCAUGAUGACGGCCAUUGUGGGCGUCUUCCUGUACAACAAGGUGACUCCCUCUGACACGCUUACAUUAACUUUUUUGACAUUUAUCCAGUCAAUACAAUCACUCCAUUCACCUAAGAUGGGUAAACCAAUCACAUAUCACAAUUAUUGCAAUGUAAACCUUGAAUAUAGUCGCUAUCUGCUAAAUCAGUGCUACUAAGAAAGAAGUGCAAGUGUGAAGGACUCUUUGCGUCUCCCAUUUAUGCAUCUGCAUGCUUAAUGCUGAGUUUGAUUUAAUUGUUCAUCUAUUUCAUGAACUUAGUUGAAUUAUUAGUUGGAAAUGUUCAGAUACUAUUGUACUAUGUGGCGCGAAGUCUGUAGAGCUAUGUAUUUUUUUUGGUCAUCCCAGAUGCAAAUUUAAUAAAUACCCAAAAUACUACGGGUACACUCCUCACACCUUGCAAUUUUGAUAUUUAAACUCACUCAACUGUCUUACAAUGUGUUAAAAGACAACCAAACGUGCAAUUGUGCUUGUUGCUGCCAUGGUGCUUGCCCUGCGCUGCAUGGGGGGGAAUAGGUUUCUAACAGUGGUUCUGUAAGAUGCUCUGAAUUCCUCCCCCACUGAAGAAAGUUUACAUGCAACUUUAUAACUACAUAGAACUUUGUGAAAUCACACAGUGGUAAUUUACAUCAGUGUGUAUUUUUGUCAUCCUUUGUUAUGUGCUACGCUAAGCUAUUCCCUUCUCUUCACUGCCAACAGGCGAAAUAUGAUUCCAAUAAGGAAGCUAAGAAGAAGCUGCUGCCUUCCUCCAAGCAGGACACGAUGUCCUUCGACAAUUUGGGACUGGACAAGACGCAGCCCAAUGGUUCAGUGCCUUUCUCCCAAGGUUCAGACAUUCAGUAUGGUCGAAGCAAUGUGCUGACCGACCACUUCCAGUACAGCCGGCAGGCCUACACAAUGAACUACGGCGCCUCCAACCACCAGUAUGUGGUUUAGGCUGGUGGAUGCCUCCAUGGACAUAUUGUAUUUGUUUCCCGCAGUGUUCUUAAACCACCUCCAACAGAAAGGAAGGCACGUGCUGUCGUAUUGGCGGGAGAGGGAAGUAUCAAUCGUGAGUUGGCCAGCGUUUUGUCCCAAACAUUUUCUCUAACAUAUUUUCUUCACCUCUGCGUGUUUGAUUUAUUUUGAUAUGAACACUUAAAGAUAGUUCAGUCAAAAUCAAAGUUUGUCAGAUGUUUU